AGCAACAAGGCAACAGAUUUGCAGCUUCCUAAAAAGAGCGAAGCGUUAUAAAAACAUCAAACUUUAGGCAAUAAGAUUACUUUACCGUUGUUCAAUUUGUAUUUAAUAUUAUUUGGCUUGAUCAUGCAUUUAGGAGCGGUAAAAUUGGCUCAAAAACAGAAGGAAGCAAAACUUGCAGCUGCAUUUCCCAAAGGGAUACGGUGUCAGAAAUGUCUCGAAUUCGGACACUGGAGCUAUCAGUGCAAGGGUAAACGAAAAUAUGUCCACAGGUCCUCCAGAACACAAGUGUUGAAGAAAAAUCUAAACAAGCUGGAAAAUAAAACGGUUAACCUAACUAGCGAUUCUAAUGCUAAAAAACAAGUCGCUGUACUGUCAUCGGAUAGCUCAAGCAGUGACUCCGAAAGUAGUAGUUCCUCAAGUUCAUCUGGAUCAUCUUCGUCUGACUCCAAUACAAGUGACAGCAGUUCGAGCAGCAGUAGUAGCAGCGACAGCGAAUCCGACUCGUCCAACUCUGACCAAAAACAAACACAGAAGAAAAAUCAAAACAAACGCGUAAGGAAGUCUUGAUUCCUAUUUGUAGCUCAAUGCUACGAAGUCACUUUGUUGAUUCAGGUUUACCGACCAUCGUUGUUCAGAUUGUUUUCUGGUAAUUUCAUACAUAAUUAAUCAUUUUACCAUUAUGUUUUUUCAGUCAAUUUAUAAGCUUACACCGAGAUAAAUGAAUAUCGAAAUAUGAAAUAAGCAAUUCCAAUGCCAACAGUUUUUAAUCCGAUUCCAAUAAAAAAUACUUCCGAUUCUCCAGCGAUUAAAGCCCUAUUCAGAUGAAACAGCUUCCGUCAACGGAAA